AUGUUUAGAUCGGUAAGCACCAGCAGAGUUUCCGACGAUACAUACUACAGCAUCUACAACCAUUCGCCGACGUCAAAGGCAGUGUCACCGGCCCUCAGAGCAUUGGCUCUCGAAGCCAAUGAAUUGCCGCAACAUGAAUCGUCUUCGCUUCCUUCAACCGCUAAAAAGGAUAAAUUAGGCCGCGCUCGAAUUUCAGAAAAAUCUGUUCAUAUCAUCCCUCUCAUUCUUCUAUUAUGUGCUCUCAUUCUAUGGUUGUUUUCAAAUCCAGACAUUAACAUGUCGAUAAAGAACGAGUUAGUUGCUGGAAAAAUAAAACGGAAAACAGUUGAUACUUCUGCUGCGAUUCACAUAGAACGUUCACACGCUGAUGGUGAUUUCGGAAUAUCUAGUCAUGAGGAAGGGAAGAAGCUGCUAAAGAUUAUAUAG